GCUCGGAAACACAAAAAAUAAUAAAAAAUGCAGCAGAAUAUACAAUACACAUACAGUUCGGAUCCCCGCUCGGGCGGUAAUCAAAAUCAGCAGCUACACGGAAUAUCGCAAUUUCAACAGAACUCCUAUCAGCCGACGACGUAUUCAAAUUCAAAUGCGAACAAUUUUCAUUCCUCUAAUUCCGCAACUUUUAUACCUAAUUCAGUGACGCAAACACCUCAGCGGCGGAUGGGAGAAGAGAAGAGUUUAGUUAAUAUGCUUGACGCUUAUUUUAUCGACAGUACGACACCUUCAACAUCAACGUCGUGGAAUAAUCAGCAGCCAGUUCAGAUGUCUUCAAUACAACAAUCAGUUGGAUCAUACAAUCAACAAAUACCUCAGUUGAAAGUAGGAGAUGUGGACCUACAAGUAGAAGGAAUGAAUGUUAAACUCUCCUCGUCACCCGACAAAGGCGAGAAGGAUCGAGUAAAGAAGGCGCGACAGGCAGAAGCCGCCCGAAUGCGUUAUCACCGACUAUCAAACGAAGAGAAACGAGAGUUAAACCUGAAAAGAACGUUGGCGCAGAAGCGAAAACGGCAACGUGAGAAGGAGAUGGAGGAGCUCGAAUCGAUUUUGCGGGAGACAAAUGACAUUCAAGAGGAUCCGGACAUCACCGAACAGCUCAGAGAGAAGAGAAUGCGGGCCAAGUGGGCAGAGGCCGCCCGUACACGUUACGCUAGAAUGACGCCGGAAGAGCGCCGGGCGCACAAUACGCGGAGACGUAUGCGGCAGAUGCAGAACGCGAUGAGCGCGAUUAAGGCAUGUGGAAUGGCUACAGGAGAUCCACAGAAGGACGACGAGGCUGUCCGGUUGCACAUCAAGACGCAGAAUGCGAAAAAAGCGGAGGCGGCUCGUCAACGAUACCAUCGAAUGAACGAUGACGAGAAGCGCGUCUACAAUCAACGAAGGACAGAAGCGUUCCGCCGCCGUCGUAUGGAAGAAGAGAUGCUGCUCGCCAUGCCUAUAGGCCGUAUCAACGGAGAAGCACUGGAUCGUGCUCAGCAGAUUGUGGUCCGAAACGCGAAACGAGCCGAAGCGGCACGUCUUCGCUACCAGCGAAUGACGCCUGAUCAGAGAAAGGUCGCGAAACAAGAACCGAAAGAAGAGUCUUGGCCCUCUCAUGAGCAAUCUGACACGCAAAUCGACCAUGAUCUCGAUCUCGGAGACUCGUACAAUCAAAAACGCUACACUCCAAAGCGUCGUCGCAACGAGAUGGACGACAUGAUCAGCGCCGGACAGAUGGCCGUCGGAUCCUCUGGAACCAUCACAAUGGGCACCGGCACCCCCGCCAAAAAGGACGAUAUGGACGCUCUCUCCUCGUUGGAACGUGACGUCGUCAAGCGCACACAGCACGCUCAGCAGAUCCUUCUCCGACAACGCGCGAAUCAGUCGUCGGGAACGCCACGCUCGGUUACACCACCGCCACAGGCCUAUAUAAUCUCGAAUGGUCAGCAACAGCACCAACAGUUGGUUGGAAAUCAGGGAAACAAUGGGAUUGGACAGCACCAGGUGCUCCAUCAAGGACACAUGCAACAGCAGCAGAUUCAGGUGUCACACCAGCAGUCGUCCCAAUCGAUUCCUCAGAACAUCUACACUUCUGGCAUGAUUAUCCAAAAUCAGGGACAACAGCAACAAGGCCAGCAGCAGCAGCAGGGACAGUCUCAACAAAUAUUGAACAAUCCUUAUAGAACCUAAUAAUAUAAUAAUUCCUGUUCUUUUUUUUUCAAAUCUUCUCUUUCUGUUCUUUUUUCUUCUUCUUUGUCCAUUGUUUUUCUUUCCUCUGAAAAUUGCAUCUGUAUUAUUUACUGAAAAUCGCGUAGUUUUUUAUCUUUUUUUAAUCAAAAAAUUCAACAAAAAAAACCACUAAAAAUUGAAAAAAGUUUGCAAAAAAAGCCCCAAAAAAUAAGUUUUCUUCCUCUUAAUUGUUAAUUUUUUAACGUUUUAUUCAACUUUCCAUUUCUAAUUUUCACUGUGACCCAAUUUUUUGUUUCAUUUUUCUGAAACCCCCAUUACCAAUAAUUUCCAGAUAUUCUCAUUCUCAAGAACCUCCUCUCAAAUAUCCGAACAAACCCUGCGCUACCGUGAAAUCUGCCUUAAACCCACCCCCAUCUAGAACUACCUGAAAAUCCAUGUUAUUUUUACAUUAUCCUUUUUUUCCCCCAUUUCUUGUUUUAAAGAAAAUAUUCACCCUGCGUCUCGAAAUUCUUAUACUCUAUCCCCAUCCCUCUCCCACACAAAAUCCUCUCCAAAUUUCCAAAUAUUUGGUAAUCUGAAAAUUUUCGUCGAAUUUGAAUAUUGACGAUUAAUUAGAAUAAAAAUUGAAGUUUA